UCUGUGUUUUUCCUUCUUUGAGUCACGUGGGUUCCGUCUCGUUUCCGUGUUUACCGAUAUGUGACAAUGGCCGGUCAGUGUUCACUGUAACGAGGUGUCGUGCGGUCAUGGCUUUUUUAAAGGCUCGAGCGCGGACUCAAGAGAGAUUUUCUCUCUUGUUGCUGGAUUUGGAGGAGUAUUUUUUUGAACAGCACACCGCAUACAACGUGACAAGCAGAAAAAUCAGAGGUUCAUUCAAGGUCUGUUCCAGAUCGGUCAUAUUUGAUCCAGAGAAUCUGACAGAGCCGAUUGUAAAGAUUCCCCUUCGAGACUGUGAGAACAUCGAGCUCGUGGAGAGAAAGAACACUUUGAUUGAGCCAUCAGCCAUCUCAAUUUUAUGUGGGCAGGUUAUUUACAUUAAAGAAAGCAACGUCAUAGCACCUUACAGAAAUGAAAGGGGAGCAAAGAAAAUGACCUUUCAGUUUGAAGUCUGGAGUAAAACAGAAGAUGUUGUUCAAACAUUACUUCAGCUUCACAGAGCAUCUUGUCUGGAAAAGCUUGGAGACCAGAAGGCAAUGAUUGAAGCCAAUUUGCAAUCACGACUGGCGAGGUCAUCAUUUGACAAAAAUUGUUUUCAGAAUGUGGCUGAGAAGCCUCACAUGGAGUGUGCAGUGGAAAUGGUCAUGCCUCUGGUGUCCAAUCCAGGCCACAUCUGCAUAACAGAUGAAAACCUUUACUUUCAGCCCCUGAACGGAUAUCCGGAACAUGUGAUUCAAAUCAGACUCCACAGAGUCAGGAGGAUCUACAAACGAAGACAUGGACUCAGACCACUGGGUCUGGAGGUGUUCUGUACUGAGAGUGACUUCUGCUCUGACAUCUACUUGAAGUUUUACGACACAGCAGACAGAGAUGAAAUCUACUACUGCAUUGCUGCUUUCAUGGAGAACCACACGGCAGAGCACACAGCAGAGAGCUACAUGCUGCAGUGGCAGUGUGGUCACCUCAGUAACUAUCAGUACCUCCUCCACCUGAACAACCUGGCCGACCGCAGCUGCAAUGACCUCUCCCAGUAUCCUGUCUUCCCCUGGGUCAUCGCUGACUACACUGGCACAAAAUUAGAUCUGACAAAUCCUGCCACGUUCAGAGACCUAAGCAAACCUGUGGGAGCUCUGAACAAAGAGAGACUGGACAGACUACUGGCUCGUUACAGAGCCAUGCCUGAACCUCGCUUCAUGUAUGGCAGUCACUACUCUUCUCCAGGCUACGUUCUUUUUUACCUGGUCAGAGUUGUUCCAGAGCACAUGCUUUGUCUCCAGAAUGGCCGCUACGAUCACCCAGAUCGCAUAUUUAACAGCAUAUGCGAAACAUGGAAAAACUGCUUAGAGGGAGCGACUGACUUCAAAGAGUUGAUUCCUGAGUUUUAUGGGAAUGAUUGCAGCUUCCUGGAAAAUAAGCUGUGUCUUGAUUUGGGCAGAAGGCAGAAUGGACGCUUAGUUGGUGAUAUCAUUCUGCCACCGUGGGCCUCAGAUGCUAGUGACUUUCUUGAAAAGCACAGGGCAGCACUGGAGAGCCAGUAUGUGUCAGAGCACCUUCAUGAGUGGAUUGACCUGGUUUUUGGCUUUAAACAGAGAGGAAGUGAAGCUGUGGAAGUUUACAAUGUGUUUCAUCCGCUGACAUAUGAAGGUGGCAUAGACUGUGACAGCAUUGAGGACCUUGAUGAGAGGAUUGCCAUGCUGACUCAGAUCCUGGAGUUCGGCCAGACGCCCACACAGCUGUUCACCAGCCCACAUCCUCACAGGAUCACACCGCGGAUUAGUAAUGUUCCUCAAAGCUCCAGCAUCGUGCCACAUGUCAGCAAACGGUCUCCAGUUUCUCAGUGUGAGGACUUGUUUGAGGACUUGACUGAGGACAGCAGGAAGCUGGCGUGGACAAACAUGGGCAAUCUGACACUCGUCUCCAGCCACAAGAUCCAUAAACAAGCUGUGACGAGCAUCGCUGUGACUCAAGAUGGAGCAACUAUUUUCUCUACAUCACAAGAUUCAACACUUAAGAUGUUUUCCAAAGAGCUGAAGGAGCUGCAGAGAAGCAUGUCCUUCUCUAAUAUGGCAUUAUCGUCAUGUUUGAUACUAGGAGAUGGCAAAACUGUGGUGUGUUCUUCAUGGGACAACAAUGUCUAUUUCUACUCCAUUCCGUAUGGUAGACGGCAGGACACGCUGAUGGGCCACGAUGAUGCAGUCAGUGAAAUGUGUUGGUUUGAUGACCGACUGUACACAGCGUCCUGGGAUUCUAUGGUCAAGGUUUGGCAGUGUGCCACUGAUGGCUCCUCCAGUCACAAGGGAUCCCAAUUUCAGUUGCUGGCUGAGUUGGAACAUGAUGCUGGGGUGAAUGCUGUUGGUUUGAAUUCAGUGGGGGGACUGCUGGUGUCUGGCUGUAAAGAUGGGACUGUCACCAUCUGGGACACCAGCAGCUACGAAGCACUGAAGAAAGUCUCAUGCCAUACUGGAACCAUACAUCAUACGGUUUUUAGUUCUGACAGCCAACACGUUCUCACUGUCGGUGCUGACUCCUGUAUGAAGGUUACUGAUGUACAGACAGGAAUGGUCAUCUCAAAUGUGAAAGCUGAGGAGGAGCAAAGGUGUUUCUGCUGGAAUGGAAAUGAUGUGCUGUGUGGGGGGCAAUCUGGUGACCUCCUGCUGUGGGACCUGCUCAGCAACACAGUCACCAAAAGGAUCCCAGCACACACAGGCGCUGUCACAGCCAUGUGGAUGAAUGAUCUGUGCACCACAGUGAUCACCGGAGGAGAGGACAGACAAAUGAACCUCUGGAAGCUCGAGUAUUAGAAAAAUGUCUGCACAAGCUCCAGUGCAACACAGGGUGACAAUCCUGCAGACAUGACAUUGAACUGAGCCUCACAGAGCAGCGGCGAGGAGCUAAACAUGCAAGUCACAAAGCAGUCUCUCUCACCUGCUCUGCAUCCCGAAUGAAGCAGAAAGUCAGCAAUGCAAGCUGCAUUUUGAAAGGAAAUGUCCAAUUGCUAUUUUGUGUACAGGAUCCAGUGUCACGCCUUAUUAUUCUCUUCUCUUUAGUUUUGGACUGCAUUAAUGUGGAUCAUUUUAUGUACCAUGUAACAUUACUCUAUGUAUUUUAUUGUGUAAAGUGGACACACUGUCAUUCAGAGCUUCAUGCUACUUAUGUGUUGUUAUAAAAUACCUCUAAAAUACUCA